AUGGAUACAAAGCAGAUAUCCACGGAUUUGUGGGACUCUAGUGAUAGAGACUUCACCGCAACUCAGCAGUCCCAGGGUGGGCUCACUGUGGUACCCUCCCUUUCAUCCUCUGUUGGGGGACUCGGGUUUGCACUGAGUGCCAGCACCCCACAGAUCAUCGCCUUUGACGAGCUGCGCACAGACUUCAAGAGUCCCAUUGACCAGGGGAACCCGGCGAGGGCACGAGAGAGAUUGAAAAACAUUGAGCGGAUUUGCUGCCUCCUGAGAAAGCUCGUGGUCCCUGAAUACUCCAUCCAUGGACUCUUCUGCCUCAUGUUCCUGUGUGCAGCCGAGUGGGUCACCCUGGGCCUCAACAUCCCUUUGCUCUUUUACCACCUCUGGAGGUAUUUCCACCGCCCAGCAGACGGGUCUGAAGUGAUGUAUGACGCUGUCUCCAUCAUGAACGCUGACAUCCUCAACUACUGCCAGAAGGAGUCAUGGUGCAAACUGGCCUUCUAUCUGCUGUCCUUCUUCUACUACUUGUACAGUAUGGUUUAUACUUUGGUGAGUUUCUAAGAGGACUGAGUGGGGGACCCCACAAUUAUUUCAGUGGCUGCUCCCGGACUCCUGGGUUCACCCCCGACCGGCUGUUUCUAGGAAAGUGCCAGAGAUGCUGGGAACACGGGGGGAGGCCCUGAAAACCCAGUCCCCCCAUGGGCCUGAUGCUCUCCCCCCAUGGAUUUGCGACUCUGCCCCAUCGCUGGACGACUCGCAGGAUCAGACCUUGGGCCUCCCCAUAUUAGGGCUGCCCUGCAUUUUGAAUGACUUGGUGAACCCUGCUGCAGCGCCUGUGAGGAGAGGAGUAUCGCCUCCCAGACAUACCCUCCCCACUUCUGUGAUGGGGGCCAGGGCAGGCGUGACCCCCCACUGCUGCUAGAACCCUCCCCAUUGCCACACCUCAUUGUGAGCCCAGCAAGGGGAUGGGCACCCUACCCCACAGUGAAUCCCUUUUCAGGGGGUGGGGAGAACUGAGUACUGGGCACCCCUCCCCUGCAGUGUCAUAACGCAGGGGUAGGAGCCCAGCACAGGGCCAGGGCGAUUAUUCUGUUGGGAUGUUUACAUCUAAUCCAGGGGGUGGAACCCACCUAGGAUCUUCCCACAACCUACAGGGCACAGCCCCUGGCCCCCACCCCAGGGUGGGCUCAAACCCCACACACCCCAGGGCAUGGCAGGGUAUUUCUGUGUGUUUAUAGUGUUGAAUUUGUUACCUGGAGUUAUUGUCUGGUGUGGGGCUGGUGGCCCAGGGGGUACCUUAUCUAGAGCCCAGGGAGAAGGGGAUAAAGCUGAAAAAUGACACCCCCACACCAGGUCACCCCUCCGAGGUCAGGCACCCCCCAUCCCUACGUCCUUAUUACCAAGUUGGGGGGGGUACUCAAAUUUGGGCCUUGGGCCCAGAAAAAUUGGGGUGGGGUGCUGGUGUGUGCAGGUGCCCUGUUAGCCUGAAUAGGGGUGUGUGCGCGGGUGCCCUGUGUAGAGCUCCCCGUUAGCCCACUUGGGAAGCUAUUCUGAGCUGGGUGCUGGGAAGGGGAGCUAUGUCUCAGAGGGAGGAGAUUCCUCCCUCCCCCAACCUGGGGUAAGACCCACAGAGAAAGGGACCUGGAUGCCAGAGACAUCUAUAGGUGUUGGGGGGCAUUGCCCCCCCGGUCCUCCUAUCCCCCACAGGGCAUUUGUGUAUAAAUGAAACAUUGGAUAAAAUAUCCUCAACUUUGUGGCUAAAUAAAAACUUGCAAAAAACCCAAGCGCCAUCGCCCUCCUGUGUCUGUAAGUGGGACGUGGGGCCAGCAGG